CCUCGCAUCUCUCUGAAUAAUCCACAUCUAGGGCAAGCUGACUGAGAGGCGAUCCAGCGCUCAGCUCCUCUCUGCAGGCUGGGAAAAGAGACAGAGAGCGAAAGGCAACGAUUUUCAACGCAGGAGGAAGAAAAAAACGUGAGAUUUUUUUUUGACACAUCAAGAAGAUACAAAAUCAACAAAGGAAGAUUUUCAUUUGCGGAUAUCAUUUAUUUAUACAUAUUGUUUAUAUAUCUAUAUAUAUAUUUGUACACACGCAUAUAGAUAUUUAUAUAUAUAAAUAUACAUUUAUCCUUGUACAUAUCCGUAUUUGUGCUCGUCUGUUUAUAUUAAUAUUUUUAUAUGUAUUUGUGUGUGUAAAUAUAUAUGAUAUAUAAACAAAAGAAUCUAUAUAUCUAUGAAUUUAUAUGCGUAUCACUGUGAGCCAAGAGAAGCAAGAAGAAAUUUCUAUAAUUUCUAUCAUCAGGGCUGGUCUCUGAUUGCGUGGUGGCAUACAAUAUCUUAAAUAUUUCCUUUGAUCUUCUACGUCAAGAGGACAAAGACUACGUGCCCAUUUUGUAUUUUUGUUUUCCUGUUGCUGCUUCCCAUCUGUCUCAGUUUCAGCUUUUUUUUUUUCUCUUCGUCCACGAGGAAUAAGGCGGGGAACAGCCGGAUUUGACCAAAAAAAAGAGAAAAAAAACGAAAAAAGAAGGGAAAUCUGUACAAAUUCCAGUGAUUUGUGUUAUUUCCUUUGGCGUAAGCGCUCUGUGUGCCGAUCACAGCGUGCCGUGUGAGAUCUGAGGAGGCAGCAGAGACCGAGUGCCACGCCGCUCAUCUCAGCGUCAGCCCAGCCAGCACAGCCAGCAUGCACAAACACCACCACUGCUGCAAGUGCCCAGAAUGUUAUGAGGUGACCCGUAUGGCAGCUCUGCGCAGGAUGGAUGCCCCGGCUUACGGAGGAGACUGGCAGGCCGAGCCCUAUGGAUACCCACCUGGGUAUGGGGGAGGACAGACCUUACCCCCUCCAGCCUCAGGAGGGGGUGGAAACAUGGGAGGUGGAGGAGGUGGUGGUGGAGGAGGAGGAGGUGGCACUUUGGGGAGAAGUAAGGGCAAGAUUAUGUCUGGUGGAGGCCCCGGAGGCCCCAACCCAAAGGGCCAGUCCAAGGGUGGACCCAAAGUAAAUGGCAACAACUCCAGUGGACAAGGAGGAUGGUGGCCUGAGUGCACCUGCACCAACCGGGAGUGGUAUGACCAGGCCAACCCUCCCCCCAUAAUUGUCAACGCAGACUCACUAGACGCAGGCCCUUAUGUAAAUGGAAGUGAUGGGAUGUAUAAAUAUGAGGAAAUCAUCUUAGAGAGGGGGAACUCUGGCCUUGGCUUUAGCAUCGCUGGAGGAAUAGACAAUCCCCACAUUCCUGAUGAUCCAGGGAUUUUCAUCACCAAGAUAAUCCCUGGAGGAGCAGCUGCUAUGGAUGGAAGGCUGGGGGUUAACGACUGUGUGCUGCGUGUGAAUGACGUGGACGUCUCUGAGGUGGUUCACAGCCGAGCGGUGGAAGCCCUGAAGGAGGCGGGGCCUGUGGUGCGACUGCUGGUCCGACGGAGGCAGGCACCCCCAGAGACAAUCCUGGAGGUUAAUUUGCUGAAAGGACCCAAAGGACUGGGAUUCAGUAUCGCUGGAGGAAUUGGGAACCAGCAUAUUCCUGGAGACAACAGCAUUUAUAUCACCAAGAUCAUAGAAGGAGGAGCUGCCCAGAAAGAUGGACGACUGCAGACUGGAGACCGACUGCUAGCUGUGAACAACAUCGUGCUGCAGGAUGUGCGUCAUGAGGAGGCGGUAGCUGCGCUGAAAAAUACCUCUGAUAUGGUUUACCUUAAGGUGGCCAAGCCAGGACCUGUGCAUCUGAACGACAUGUAUGCCCCCCCAGACUACUCUAGCAGCCUGGCCCUCCCUCCAGCCUUCCCCACCAUGGUGGACAACCACGUCAGCCACAACUACAUGGGGGCAAUGGAGCCAAAACCAGUGUACCCGCCACCCCAGGUGACCCCGUCAAGGUACUCGCCCGUACCCCGCCACAUGCUUGGGGAGGAAGACUUCACGAGGGAGCCGAGGAAGGUAGUGUUGCACAAGGGCUCCACCGGAUUGGGCUUCAACAUCGUCGGCGGGGAGGAUGGAGAGGGGAUUUUUGUCUCCUUCAUCUUGGCUGGAGGGCCAGCUGACCUGAGUGGCGAGCUGCGGCGGGGGGACCGGAUCCUAUCGGUGAAUGGAGUGAACCUUAGGAACGCCACUCAUGAACAAGCAGCAGCAGCCCUGAAGAGAGCGGGACAGACUGUCACCAUCAUUGCUCAGUACAGGCCUGAAGAGUACAGUCGCUUUGAGUCAAAGAUCCACGACCUGAGGGAGCAGAUGAUGAACAGCAGCAUGAGCUCAGGAUCAGGCUCCCUGCGCACCAGCGAGAAGCGCUCCCUCUAUGUCAGAGCUCUCUUUGACUAUGAUCGAACACGAGACAGCUGCCUGCCCAGCCAAGGCCUGAGUUUCUCUUAUGGGGAUAUCCUUCAUGUCAUAAACGCUUCUGAUGAUGAGUGGUGGCAGGCGAGGCUCGUCACUCCACACGGAGAGAGCGAGCAGAUCGGAGUCAUUCCUAGCAAGAAAAGAGUGGAAAAGAAAGAGCGAGCCAGAUUAAAAACGGUCAAGUUUCACGCCAGGACAGGCAUGAUUGAGUCCAACAGGCAGCCAGUUAAAGUGAAGCGCAAAAAAAGCUUCAACCUCUCACGCAAGUUCCCGUUUUACAAGAGCAAGGAGAAUAUUGUUGCCGACUUAGUGGAGUCUGAACAAUGCCUGACAUCCAACACAAGUGACAGUGAAAGUAGUUCAAAGGGUCAGGAGGACACAAUCCUUUCCUAUGAGCCAGUUAUCCGGCAGGAAAUCACCUACACAAGGCCUGUGAUCAUUUUGGGCCCAAUGAAGGACCGAGUAAACGACGACCUCAUCUCCGAGUUUCCCCAUAAGUUUGGUUCAUGCGUUCCCCAUACGACCCGUCCAAGGCGAGAGAACGAGAUCGACGGCCAGGACUACCACUUCGUGGGCUCCAGGGAGCAAAUGGAGAAAGAUAUCCAGGAUAAUAAAUUUAUUGAGGCGGGUCAGUUUAAUGAGAACCUCUACGGGACGAGCAUCUUGUCAGUCAGAACCGUGGCAGAGCGGGGGAAACACUGCAUUCUGGAUGUGUCCGGGAACGCCAUCAAACGACUCCAGCAAGCUCAACUUUAUCCGAUCGCCAUCUUUAUAAAACCAAAAUCAAUCGAAGCUCUAAUGGAAAUGAAUAAGAGGCAGACGUAUGAGCAGGCUAAUAAAGUCUUCGACAAGGCAGUUAAGCUGGAGCAAGACUUUGGAGAGUAUUUCACAGCUAUUGUACAGGGUGACUCACUAGAGGAGAUCUACAACAAAAUCAAGCUCAUCAUCGAGGAGCAGUCUGGUCCCUACAUCUGGAUUCCCUCCCCAGAGAAGCUCUGAGCUCCCUGCCGUCCUCCCUGCUUCGGUGCAGAGCUCCCUCCCAGAGACCCCCCCCCCAAGCCCCUAACCCCACGUCCACAUGCCAAACCCCCCCCCCCCCUCUCCUCACCUCCUUUUUGCAGAUAUGUUUCAUAUCCAGUUUUAGUGUCAUCAUUUUGUUACUCUCUAAAUGAAAAAGAAGUCUUUAUCACCAUUACUGUGACUGUGCACACCCCUGCAUGAGUUUCUCAACAAAAACCAUUCAAGACUGGAAUUGCCAUUCCAAAGGAAUUUUGUCAAACAGAAGGGAAAAGGAGCGAGUUCCUUUAUGGGAUCGGGACUGCCUGAAGAUGGGCCUGUUGAGCAGAAAUCAGGAAGGAGGAGUUAGUGAUUCAAAAAGAAGAAAUAUAGACAAAUCAAACCAAGUUGGAACACUUUGUAAAUGUUCAUCAGAUCACAUUAAAAAGACACGAGGAGAGGCGAAGAACAAUUAGGGUUUUGUUUUUAGUUUUGGGGUUUUUUUAUAAACAGACUGGAUCCAUUUGAGCCCUGCUGAUGGUACUGUUGGAGGAGACGUAUGUUUAUACUGAUGGAGGAAAUUAGCAAAGAAGCCUAUUAAAAAAAAACAACAGAAACUGGCAAUCUGUUCAUCACAAAGCAGCUCUCUGAUUGGUUGUCAGCGCUGCGGCUGAUGAAGGCAGAUCAAGAGGAAGAAACAUGUUGUGAAUCUCUACAUUUAUAUUAUAAGAUCACAAGAUAAAUCAUAAGUCCUCAGAUUUUACAGCAUAUGAAAAUCUUCACAUUUUACACUUCAUUAGAAACUGUCGCUUGGAGGGCUGUUAGUUUUUUUUUUUUUGUGGGUUGUUUUUUUUUUUUUGCUCUUAUUUUUUUGGCUUGUGGUUUUUAGCUGCUCUGUAAAGGAAUGGGGGUAGAGAAGUGUAACCGGGCUCUCUGCAAAACACCAAACUGCCUUACAUGGAAUAUACAUUGUUUUGUGAGCACCUGUUGUGAGGGAGGCUGCAAGUAAUCGAUGAGGGCCAGAUCUUUACUUCUGUGUCCUCCAAGCUUCAGGAGGUCAGACAUUAAGUGCAAUAGAUUUAAAAUCAAGUCUCACCUCCUCUGGCUCCUUUCACAUCCUUGUUUUCAAACUUUUUUUUUCUGUAUAAUCUGACAAUUUGGCUUUAUUUAAUCCGGACAGGUAGAGCCUCCCAGCUUCUGUUGAGCAGUAGACGACCCCAUUACACUCUCUGCCUUCCUAGAGGAUUCACUUCUGAUUGGUCACAUGGUACUGUCCUAUCUGCCGCCGCUGUGGUGGCCUUAAAAACGGGUAGAACAAGACAAUAAUUGUAUUGGAUGUUCUAAUAAUUAAAGAGUCAGUAUAAUCUGUUCUGAAUUGUCCCCCUCUACCAAAAAAACACUAAAGUUGGGUUUGAGUAAACCUUUUA